AUGCCCUCGACUCCUGUGCUUGCGCUAUUCGCUGCUCUCGGAGCCUUCUGCACAAUCGUCUUCGUGCGCAACAAGAAGCCAGAGAGCCGUCGCUUCCCCCCAGGUCCAAAGCCGCUCCCCGUCAUUGGGAACCUCUGUGACCUUCCAUUCAAGGACGAGGCUGCGACCUACAACAAAUGGGCAAAGGAACAUGGGGACUUGGUCUAUGCGAAUGUACUCGGGCGUCACCUGUUAUUUGUAAACUCGCUGCAGAUCGCGAAUGACCUGUUUGAAAAGCGAUCAGUCAACUAUUCUGACCGAAAUGGGCUGCCGAUGAUCAAUGACCUUAUGGGGUGGAAGUGGAGCUUCGGCCACAUGCCAUAUGGGGAACGCUGGAGGAAGCAUCGUAAGAUGUUUGAGCGUCAAUUUCGGCCAGCAAUGGCACCGACGUAUUGGCCUACUCAGAGGAAAGAGGCUCAUAGGCUAAUCCGCAACAUCUUGGAGACUCCGGGUGAUCUGAGAGAGCAUCUACGCCACAAUGCAGGGAGUGUUAUCAUGAAAGUGAUCUACGGAAUUGAGAUUGCCCCACGAGGUGACAAGUACAUCGAGAUUGCAGAGGAGGCACUCGAUGGAAUGGCUAAAGUGGCAGCGCUGGGAGCAUUCCUCGUCGAUAUUUUCCCUCUUCUCAAACAUGUUCCUGCAUGGGUGCCUGGCGCAGGAUUUCAGAAGAAGGCUGCGGCAUGGAAGCGGGCCGUACUUUCAAUGCGUGACCUACCAUUCCAGGCAGUACAAGAGGCGUUGGCGAAUGGAACUGCUUCGCCUUGUUUCGUAUCUCGUCUUAUGAACGACUUAGACAGUGAAGUAUAUGCCGAUGAUCAAAUGGAGAUUAUCAAGGGGUGCGCUGGUCUUGCAUAUGCUGCUGGUGCUGAGAGUACCGCGUCCUCCCUCUCUUCUUUCUUCCUCGCCAUGACCCUGCAUCCCGAGGUGCAAAUCAAGGCUCAAGCGGAACUUGAUGCCGUCAUUGGUCCCGGGCGACUCCCGGGUUAUAACGACAGAUCAUCAUUGCCCUAUAUCAACGCCAUUGUCAAAGAAGUCCUGAGGUGGAACCCUGUUGCUCCACUCGGCUUACCCCACAUGGUCACCAACGACGAUACCUAUAACGGUUAUUUUAUUCCUGCUGGCACGACAAUUUUUGGAAAUACGUGGGCCAUCCUUCAUGACGAACGGAACUACAAUCAGCCAAUGAAGUUCUGGCCAGAGCGUUUCCUUAUGGCUGAUGGCAAAGAACAUGAAAUGGUUAUUGAUCCUGCAGCUGCAGCCUUCGGUUAUGGUCAAAGAAUAUGCCCUGGACGAUUUAUGGCCGACGCGCAAAUUUGGAUUUCUGUGGCCUGCAUCCUGACGGUAUUUAAUAUUGCACCUGCAUUGGAUGAUAAUGGUAUGCCGGUGGAGAUUUCGGCUAAGUUCCAAUCAGCCAUGAUCUGGUCAGUGUGA